CUAGCACUGCCAUUUGCAUCUGACAACACUAAUCCGUGACACGGUGACGCAGAAUUUUCCUCCGGAGUUUCACAGCGUGAAAAAUCAUGGAUUUUGGUGAUAAUUUCGAUCAACCCGAAGUGGAUCCGGCCGCUGAGUUCCUCGCCAGGGAGCAGAGCGCCUUGGCAGGCUUGGAGGACGAACUCCCACCAACAGCGGCCGCUCAGCCAGAGAAAGUCAAGACGGAAGACAAUGGCACACUGGAGUCAUCUGAGAGCUUUGAAAUGAUCAAUAACAUUGAGUCUCACGAGCAGACUAACGCCAAUGAAGAUGAUUCUAACGAUUUCGAAAUUAGCUAUCGUUCAGCCAAGCCACCGAUGGAGGAGCCAGAGAAGAUCAAGAAGUGGCGCGAGGAUCAGAAGAAGCGUCUGGAGGAGAAGGACCGCGAUGAGGAGAAGAAAAAGGAGGAGCUAAAGGUGCAGGCGAAGAAGGAGCUCGAGGACUGGUAUAAGCAGCACGAGGAGUCCAUCACGAAGACCAAGUCCUCGAACAGGGAGUCCGCCAAGAACGCAGAGAAGAACUUUGUGGCCGAGUCGACGGAAAUUGAGCCCGGAACGGAGUGGGAGCGCAUCGCGAAGCUGUGCGACUUCAAUCCUAAGGCCAGCAAGACGAGCCGCGAUGUGUCGCGGAUGCGAUCGAUCAUCCUGCAGCUAAAGCAGAAUCCCGUGGCAAUUAAGCGCGCUUAAAGCAUUCCCAGCAUUAUUCUUGGAGACUAUUUGUGUCCUCUCUUCUCACAGUAAAUAAUAAUAAUGGAUCUAGACUUCCACUUG